AUGCCGAAAUCUUCAAAACAAGCAGCAUACUUAUGUGCUAUCACGGUAAAACGAUCAAGUGAAAAUUUUUCAGAAGAGAAACAACAAUCAAGCGAUGGUGAUGAAGAUCGUGGUAGUGAUAUCAAUUUUAGUGAUAAAGUUCAUUUACCGAAUAUUCGUGAUCUAUUAGAAAUGUGUUUAUCAGACGGUAGUUCAAGGAAUAUUGAUGUAUCAAUGUAUUUUGUUUUAAGACAUUUCAAUGCAAAUCGGCACACUGCUGAUGAUUUUUUGAAACGAAUCCGGUGUUUAAGUUGUGAAUAUGCACAUAAAUGGUGUGAGAUAUUUCUUAAUGAUGAUUUUGCAGAUUUUAAUAAAGAUAAUCCUGAUGGAAAACAUUCAGAAUCAGUUUUUGAUUUAUAUCCGAAACUAGAGGUCGA